ACACAGUAAGGGUUUCACGCUCUUAUCCGCGCUUUCGCAGUCUUGGACCUGUGAACAACGGAAACACGGCGAUGUGUUUAGUCUUAAGCAAUCGCCGAACGGCACUUGAUGUAAUGCCUUCCUGCAAAUUGAAGAAUCGUACGUCAGCGUGAGUGACCGACGCAAAAUAAAACUGAAUCAUUGCAAAAUCGUAUCGUGCGUCGCAAACAGAACCGAAAUAUAUACUGCACUUAUGUUUUCUCUUGCUCUACUUUAUCAGAUCGUGUUUUUCCUCGGUUUAUACGCAACUAUCAUGAGUUUGGUUUAAUUAGUAGCGCGAUAACAGGCGAAGUGCAAGUGAUCAUUACGUCGAAGAACGCGAUCCUUCGGUUUUCAUGCUGUGCAAGCAUGUACCGCUGAACCAGGAAAGUAUUGCAGAUAAAGUAACGUAAUCAGCAAUCUUUGGUCGAUCAUAAGAAAUAAUGAUUCGAUGCUUAAUAAAUUUAGUACUCAUAUUUAUAACGAUCAAUGAAGCUUUAGCUGUCAAAGUCUGCAAUUCAUCUGUAAUAAACAAUGGGCAGUCACGUAUAGGCAUCUUCAUUUCUCCGAUAGUCUCCGAAUUACCUAUCCACGAGAUUGAAAUUUAUUGGAACAACAUGAAACCCUAUGAGAAAAUCGUGCUCUUAGACACCAGUCGUUUAGACAGUCCUAUUGUACUUUAUAAUGUAUCAUCGAAUGGACCGAGUGGUUUCGAAAGGACUGGGGUCCAAGCGAAAUUUGUGCCAAGCUCACACCUCUCGUUCACGCAGCGUUGCACCGGAUAUAGUGUGGCAUUAUUGACUGCAACCAGCGAUUUGAAAGAAGUGAACUGUCUCAAGACGCAGCCGACGUGGAUGAAGGAAAGACAGAACAUCUUGGGUCCUCGCAGGAUCAGCGAGAUUUUCCUUCCGGGAACUCACGACUCUGCAAGCUACGCGGAAGAUGAUACCGGGAACUUUAUCACAAACAACGCUGUGACACAGGAUACAGACAUUCUCGGUCAAUUAAUCCACGGUGUACGAUUCUUGGACAUCAGAGUUGGCCAUUACCCUUUGUCAAGCGAGAUUUGGUGGACGAAUCAUGGGCCGCUGUAUCGGUCAGUGCCCCUGAAGACAGUUAUCGAUCAGGUGAAGCAGUUCCUCAACAACACCGAAGAAAUUGUGAUAAUGGACUUCCACGAGUUCCCAGUUGGGUUCAACGAUAUAGCGAUUCAUCGUAAACUGGUGUCGUAUCUCGAGGACAAGUUCCAGGAUUAUUUCCUGGCGAACAGUCACGGAUGGUUCGCCACGUUGAAUGAUAUUUGGUCUUCCGGAAAAAGAUUGAUAAUCGGAUACAGGCACACGCGGAUUGUUCAGGAACGCGAUAGCGUGUGGCCUUGCGUGCAACAUCAAUGGGGCAACGUCAGGAACGUCAAGGACUUGUACAGGCAUCUAAAUCAAAUUGAAAGCAGCGACAGCGAUUCCAGAGUAAGGCCAAGAGCAGCGAUGGCAGAGCUGACUGCGAACGUCAUAGAUGUCCUUUACAAUCGCCUCGGUAGCAUCCGCGACAUGGCCCACAGAGUAAACGCUAAUGUCACCAACUGGUACAGCAGUAUUUGGCAGUAUUCCGCCAAUAUCGUGGCGGUGGAUUUUGUAAGAGGAACGGGGAUCGUCGAGGCAGCCAUCAAGGCUAACGAGAAUCGUCACUUCCACUGUCGAUAUUAGUUACCUUUCGAAUGUAGUUCCUUUUCCUCCACAGAAGGGUAAUCUUUUCACAAAUCGAUUGAUAUGUUGACCCUUUGCUUUAUAAUAACGUGCCAGACUCACGGUGAAGAUUUUAAUUCGACAAGCCUAAGAAUUAAACAAUUCGUUUGAAUUAAAAUUAAAUAUUAUUCUUUUAUUAAUUAAUCGUUAAUUCUUGUUUCGUAGAAUUUAUCUCUUUUUUUUUUAAUAAAUUAUUAACGUCAAACCAGUUGUAUCCACCAUAGUGGAGAAACGAAUCAUAUGGCAAGGGGUUAAUCUUGAACGUUUUAUAUAUCACUUAUUCUUUCGUAAGAAAGAUGAAUAGCAGCAAUUAUUAAUUAC